AUGGGCGCCAAUCUUCGCGUCGGACCGGUGGAGGGGCCCUGCGGCCGAAAGCCUAGCUGCGCAGUCAGGCUGCCACCCUCGCUGUCGCGGAGUCUCCAGACUCCAGAGCUCUCACUCUCCUGCCAAAUCCCCUCGUCUCCCGAUCCUAGAGAGCAUCAGCAGCAGCUACCGCAGCCCCUGCCAUGGCGCCGAGCUCCCCGUCGCCCGCCGCGCCCACGCGCGUCUCCGGCAGGAAGCGCGCCGCCAAGGCCGAGGAGAUCCACCAGAACCAGGAGGAGGAGGAGGAGGAGGCUGUGGCGUUGUCCUCCGCCAAGCGCAGCCGAAAGCCGGGUAGGAAGCCCAAGCCGACGCCCAAGCAGGCCAAAGCAGGCCAAAGCGGCCAAGGCGGCCAAGACGGGUAGGAAGAAGAAGGGGGAGGCCGAGAGGAAUGAGCUCGUGGAGGACGAUGUGUGCGCCGAGGAGCUCGACGAGGAGGAGUUGGCCAUGGGCGAGGAGGAGGCGGAGGCGGAGGCCGAUGAGCAGGCCAUGCAGGAGGAGGUGGCCGCGGUCGCUGCCGGGUCGCCCGGGAAGAAGAGGGUGGGGAGAAGGAGCGCCACCGCUGGCGGCGACCACGAGCCGGAAUUCGUCGGCAACGCCGUCCCUGCGGCCGAGGCGCGCAGCAACUGGCCUAAGCGCUACGAGCGCAGCACUGCCGCAAAGAAGCCGGAGGAGGACGAAGAGCUCAAGGCCAGGUGCCACUACCGGAGCGCUAAAGUGGACAACGUCGUCUACUGCCUCGGGGAUGACGUCUAUGUCAAGGUUAUCAAUUCUUUGGUGUCCAUUAAUGUUGAUGGCCACAAGCAUGACCCUAGACGUGUUUUUCUUUCUGAGGAAAAGAACGACAAUGUGCUUGAUUGCAUCAUCUCCAAGGUCAAGAUAGUCCAUGUUGAUCCAAAUCGAUGGGCUGUUGACCUUAACAGUUUUGCGUGCCAAAGUUUAAAGUACAAUCAUCCACAGACUGAGGUGCGAAAUGAGAAAGCUGAUGAGUUUCUUGCUCUCCUUAUGGAAUGGGCAGUCCUAUGUGAGAAAUAUGUCCAUCAAGACGUGGAUUUGAAUUUAGCAGGUUCAGAGGAUCAAGAGGAUGAAGGCAGCCCUCUUGACAAGGACGAAUUUGUUGUAGAGAAGCUUAUUGGGAUAUGCUAUGGUGGCAGUGGAAGGAAAAACGGCAUCUAUUUUAAGGUCCAGUGGGAAGGAUAUGGUCCUGAAGAGGAUACAUGGGAGCCGAUUGAUAACCUGAGAAACCGUGAUGAGCCACUUAAAGAUGAGAAAAACAAGCAAAUGGUGACUUUCAUGGAUAUUGUGGCGUACUUGAAGCCCAAGUAUGUUCUCAUGGAAAAUGUUGUGGACAUACUGAAAUUUGCUGAUGGCUACCUAGGAAAAUUUGCUUUGAGCUGCCUAGUUGCUAUGAAGUACCAAGCACGCCUUGGAAUGAUGGUAGCAGGCUGCUAUGGUCUGCCACAGUUCAGGAUGCGUGUGUUCCUCUGGGGUGCUCUUUCUUUGAUGGUGCUCCCUAAGUAUCCUCUGCCUACAUAUGACGUUGUAGUACGUGGAGGAGCCCCUAAUGCCUUUUCGCAAUGUAUGGUUGCAUAUGAUGAGACAAAAAAACCAUCCCUGAAGAAAGCAUUGCUUCUUGGUGAUGCAAUUUCAGAUUUACCAAAGGUUGAAAACCAUCAACCUAACGAUGUAAUGGAGUAUGGUGGUUCCCCCAAGACAGAAUUCCAGCGCUACAUUCGACUUGGUCGUAAAGACAUGUUGGAUUGGUCCUUUGGUGAGGAGGCUGGUCCAGAUGAAGGCAAGCUCUUGGAUCACCAGCCCUUACGGCUUAACAACGAUGAUUAUGAGCGGGUUCAGCAAAUUCCUGUCAAGAAGGUUCCUGACUAUGCAAUGUCAUUCAUCAAGGGCAAAUCACUCAAGCCAUUUGGGCGCCUGUGGUGGGACGAGACAGUUCCUACAGUUGUAACCAGAGCAGAGCCUCACAACCAGGCUAUAUUGCAUCCGACUCAAGCAAGAGUCCUGACUGUCCGGGAGAACGCAAGGUUACAGGGCUUCCCUGAUUACUACAGAUUGUUUGGCCCGAUCAAGGAGAAGUAUAUUCAAGUCGGGAACGCAGUAGCCGUCCCUGUUGCCCGGGCACUGGGCUACUGUCUGGGGCAAGCCUACCUGGGUGAAUCUGAGGGGAGUCACCCUCUGUACCAGCUGCCUCCAAGUUUCACCGCUUUGGGGCAAACUGCGGUACAGGCGAGGGCCUCUUCUGUUGGCACUCCUGCAGGGAGGUGGUUGAGCAGUAAAAGGAUACAGAGCUGA